AUGAGUGUGUUAAAUGUUCUUAAUGUGGCCGAAAAACCAUCCGUGGCCAAGGGCAUUACUAAUUUACUGAGCAAUGGCAGUUUUAAACGAGAAACAAGUCACUCUAAAACCAACCCAGUCACCAGCUUUCGAUACAAUUUGUUGGACCGGAGCUGCAAUAUGUACUUUACUUCAGUUAGAGGCCAUUUAACUAAUCUGGAUUUUACCAAGGAAUAUGCCAAAUGGAAUGAAUGUUCUCCCGAUGUGUUAUUCACAGCACCAAUACGGUCAUUUGUCUCGCCAAACUGCAAGGAUAUUGAGAAAAAUUUGAAGGAAUAUUCCAAAAUUUGUGAUUGGCUCGUUCUAUGGUUAGAUUGUGAUAGGGAGGGGGAAGCAAUAGCGUAUGAGGUUAUAGAUUCUUGUGCUAGCUCUAGGGUUAAAGAAAUAUACCGAGCAAUAUUCUCUGCAGUGACCAAAUUUGAUAUUAAAAAUGCAUGUCGAAACUUGUCCAGACCUAACAAGAACCUAGCAUUGGCAGUUAAUGCUAGGCAGGAAAUUGACCUGAGAAUUGGUUCAGUAUUCACUAGAUUCAUGACCAUGAGAUACAAACAUCGAAUUAACAAUGAUACUAAGGUCAUUAGUUAUGGUCCAUGUCAAUUGCCAACUUUGGGAUUUGUUGCUGAUAGGUUUUUUGAGCGGGAAAAUUUCGUUUCAGAAAAGUUCUGGUAUAUAUCAGUGGAGCACAAACUACAAAGUGGUCAGACUUUAACAUUUAAAUGGGAUAGAUCGAGAUUAUUUGACCAAAAUGCAGUUGAAAUCAUUCACGAAGAGUGUAAGAGAAAGCCUGAGGCAUUGGUGUGUGGAUUAGAUAAAAAACUCACUCGAAAAUAUCCCCCCUUACCAGCAACUACUAUUCAAAUGAACAAAGAUGUAACUAAAUAUCUUAAAAUGUCAUCUCAUCGUGCAAUGAGUUUGGCGGAAGAUCUUUACAACCAAGGAUAUAUUUCAUACCCGAGAACUGAGACAAACGUGUUUCCAGAGACAAUCGAUUUAAAGUCCCUAGUCAAUAUGUUUACAUCUCACAGUUUGUUGGGUGAUUAUGCCAGUAAAAUUUCUAACGGUACAAUCGCUGCUAGGAAGGGUAAAUGUAAUGAUAACGCCCAUCCACCAAUACAUCCAGUGAAGCUCUUGGAGGCAACUAAUGCUAUGUCUAAAGAACAUUACGAUCUGUAUUUAUAUAUUUCCAGGCAUUUUCUAGCCUCUUUGAGUCCUCCUGCAAUUGGAUAUGAAAGCAGUGUAUCAAUUGACAUUGCCGGAGAGAUAUUCACAGCCAAAGGUACUAUGAUCCAUGAUUUAUCCUGGUUCCAAGUAUAUCCCUAUGAUAAAUGGUCUGAAAAAUCUCUCCCAUUAUUUAAACAAGGGGACAAAUUUUUUCCAACGGAAAUCAAAUUGAUUAAUGGUGAAACUUCACCGCCUCCACUGCUAACUGAAUCGGAUCUCAUAGACUUAAUGUGUAAGAACGGUAUAGGCACAGACGCUACCAUGCACGAGCAUAUCAAAAAAAUUAUUGACAGAAAUUACGCUAUUAAGAGUGAUAAUAUGUAUUUUUUGCCCACCAAACUCGGCCAAUCAUUGGUAAAGGCAUUUGCCGGAUACGCCACAACUGGACUUGAUUUAUCAAAGCCCAUGCUUCGAGCCAAGAUGGAAUCUGACAUGGAUCUUGUUGCACAAGGUCAUCUCAAGAAGGAACAGGUAGUAACCACUUAUUCAAAGUUGAUGAGUAAGAUUUACAGGAGUAUACAAAUGGAGAUUGGUGUGUUUGAUGAUUUUAUGCACUAA